AUGAAAGCCGUAACCCGGCCACAGCGCGUACGCCUGCAGCAAGCUGUCAGGCUGUAUGUCGCGAAAGAUGGCAAUGAGGCCCUGAACUAUGACAAGAUUCGGCCAGAGGAGUCACGCAAACUUCCAACUGCCCUAGUCACUCCUGAGACCCCUGAGAAGUACGUUGCUUUCGGUAGCACGUUAUUCACCAAGUAUGACAUCCAGCUGGACGAGGAGGCGUACCCGCGCGUCACUUCCAAUACUCAGCUUCCUGCUGGACACGCGUUUCCUGAGGUCUCUGAGUUUUCGUUCCGUCGAGAGUUGAUCAAGCUUCACAACUUCCAUGAUGGAAGCAUCACCCCUGCAAUGGCCGAGAUGUUCCUCCCUCCCGAGCACCGGGGAAACCUGUACGACCCAGCCGCAGCCCAGUUCAAGCAGAAAUUGGUCCAAACGAAGAACCAGUUCCGCAAGAGGAUCAUUAAAGACACCAUGCUGCCGCUUGUCCUUUUCUGGGUUCUUGACGAUAGGUACUUGGAGCUGGACACCACAACGGUAUCAGCUCGAAUGGCAUACUUCAAGGCAAGAAUCCAAGAAGAUGUGUCAGUCGUAUACUGGUGGUUGCGACCAUUGGCAAGUAUCCUGAACCUCAAAUAUCUCUUCCAGACUGUCAAUCCUAACGACGGUGGUGCGAAUGCCAAGCGUAACUUGAUUCGGUACAUUACAGGUCGAAUGUUGUUCACAGCAGACUUGGUGUACAAACAUCUCGUUGAUCACGACCCAAUUCACGGCUACGGAUUCCAACGCGACGAAGAAGCUGUGAGUACACCGCUGCUAUAUAGAUGGGGCAAGUGUUAA